GGAGGCCGUCAAAGUGACAACGCUUCACCGCGAGAAGGAUAGAAGAGGUGUGUUUAGUCUCUGAUGUAGCUUAACGGCAAUAUCAGCGUAGCAGACAUCAGACUUCUUGCUGGAAGAAGGAAACCUCAAUUGAUUGGAUAAAGUGGCAGUCCAUGAACGUGAGGUGCAAAGAUGAACCAAACGGCAUCGGUCUCUCAUCAGAUUGAGUGUCACCCCACCAAGGAUGUCAAGGAGUUUGUGGAUAUCAGCACCCCGCAGAGGAACUGGAAGGGCAUCGCCAUCUCUCUGCUGGUGAUCGUGGCCGUCUGCUCGCUCAUCACCAUGUCUGUGGUCGUCCUCACACCUGCUGAUCACCCGGCUAGCGUCAAGUCUCCACUGACUGUAGACGAUCUGUACUCUUCAGAGUUCACUGUGCACGACCCAGAAGUCACAUGGAUAAGCGAUUCUGAGGUGGUGUACAGGAACCGAGAUAACCAUGUUGUGAAAUUCGAUUUCACCCGCAACGAGACCCAAGUCCUGCUCAGCAACACAACAUUUGUGGCGUUCAAGGUGGCCAAGUACUCACUCUCAGCAGACCUUCAAUAUGCGCUCUUUGCUUAUGACGUCAAACAGGUGUACAGAUAUUCCUACCAGGCUUCCUACAUCGUUUACAACAUAUACACCCGGGAGGUUUGGGAACUGAACCCUCCUGAAGUUUCCAAUGCCGUGCUGCAGCAUGCGGCGUGGGGAAAACAAGGACAGCAACUGAUUUACAUUUUUGAGAACAACAUCUACUAUCAGUCAGACGUGAGGAGCAACUCCCUGCGGAUUACCUCUUCUGGCAUGGCGGGCGUCAUCUUCAACGGGCUUGCUGACUGGCUGUAUGAAGAGGAGAUUCUGCGCUCGCACUUGGCCCACUGGUGGUCCCCUGAUGGAGAGAAACUGGCUUUCCUGACCAUCAACGACACAUUGGUACCAAACAUGGCUUUGGCCCAGUUUACUGGCGGCACCUACCCCCGAGGACUUCAGUACCCGUAUCCCAUGGCCGGCCAGACAAACCCUGCGGUCAAGCUGUCUGUAGUCAAUCUUUUUGGGGUAACGCACUCUGUGGAGCUGCAUCCUCCCUAUCAGCUCAGCCUACGGGAUUUCUAUAUCACCAUGGUGAAGUGGAUCAGUAACACGCACCUGGCCGUGCGCUGGCUCACUCGGGCCCAGAAUGCAUCAGUGCUGACAGUGUGCGAUGCGGCCGUAGGAGUCUGUCUUGCGUGGCAUGAGGACUCUUCAGAUUCAUGGAUCUCCAGGCAGCAGAACCAGGAGCCUCUGUUUGAUAAAGACACAACCAGGUUUUUUCUUGCCGUUCCAUUGAGACAAGGAGGUCAAGGUGACUUCCACCACAUCACCAUGUUCACCAAAAAGCUCCAAAGCAACGAGGAUGAGAUUGAACACAUAACGUCCGGCGCCUGGGAGGUGACGCAAAUUGUGUCUUAUGAUGAAAACAAGCAGGUCAUAUACUUCCUGAGCACAGAGGUUUCUGCACAACAGAGGCAUUUAUAUAGUGUGUCCACCCUGGGCGCAUUUCCACGACAGUGCCUCACCUGUGGACUGCGUGAGGCGUGCACCUUCUUUGAGGCUAACAUCAGCCCUGACGCGGAGCACGCCAUCCUGCAUUGCAAAGGUCCUGGAGUUCCAUCGGUCCUGCUUCUUAGUUUGGACGAGGUGGACUCUUAUUUCAUUCUGGAGAACAAUCAUCCUCUGUGGUCGAUGCUGUCCACCAAAAGAAUGGUUCAAUCCCGAAUUCACACUGUCCAUCACAGCAACUAUGAACUGCCUCUGAAGCUCAUCCUUCCUCUUGACUUCUCAGAGUCCUUCCUCUACGGCCUUCUGCUCAUUGUAGGCAGCUCUCCUGGUGAUCAGGCAGUCACGGAGGAAUUUAGGCUGAACUGGGACUGGGUGCUGGUGGGCUCGGAGCAGGUGAUUGUGGCCCGGCUCGACGGUCGGGGUUCUGCCUUCCAAGGUCAAAGGAUGUUACAUCAGCUCCACCAUAACAUUGGGCAGGUGGACGUUGAGGACCAGAUAGCAGCUUUAACGUACUUGGUGAAGCUUCCCUACAUCGAUCCAACUAGGGUUGGCAUUUUUGGAGAGGACUAUGGUGGUUACCUGGCGCUAAUGCUGAUCAAGUCCACCGAGGGAAUGAUCCGAUGCGCUGCAGCUCAGGCUCCUGUUGUUGACUGGACUAUGUAUGCUUCUGCAUUCUCAGAGCGAUAUUUUGGCAUGCCUUCAACUGAGGAGAACAGAUAUCAAAUGUCGAAAGUUCUCCCAGACAUGAAAGGCCUGCAGGGAGGAACUCUGUUUCUCGCCCAUGGGACUGCUGAUGCAAAUGUUCACUUUCAGCACUCAGCGGAGCUCAUCAAGCACUUGAUCAGGGUGGGAGCCAACUACACCAUGCAGAUCUACCCUGACGAGGGCCACUUCCUGUCAAGACGCAGCCAGAUUCAGCUGAGGCACUCUUUGAUUGGCUAUUUUAGAGGUUGUCUGUUGGAUGCAUCAUCAUUAUUGGACAGGGACGUUGAAGAUGAGUGAGGAACUACACAAAGGAAUAGUGUGUGUGUGUGUGUGUGUGUGUGUGUGUGUGUGUGUGUGUGUGUGUGUGUGUGUUUUAUACUCUUAGCACAAUUUUUGAUGGACAGGUAACUGAGGACUGAGAGCAGGGGUGUCCAAACUUAGCAUACAGAAACACUGAGGGAUGCCAAGGCCGCUAAACAUUCAUCACACUUAAUGUAUUAGCAUGUUAAAACCAAGCCAGCAUUUAUACAUUGAUGCACCCCUCACCAUUUAAAAAAAAAUAACAUUGCAUCCCAUGUCAAAUUUUAGUAGUUAAUAUAGGCUGCAAGCUGCAAAGAAAAAAGGGACAGUGUGCCAUAAAUGACCCCUGGCUUGUUUGGUCACCCCUGAUUUAGUAAGGUAAAAAAAAAAAAAACAACAACAAAUAAAUAAUAGCCCUCCUCUGAGAUUCAUAUCAUUAGAUCCUGUUUUACUUUGUACAUAGUAGAACCUCAAAAGUGUUGUUUAAAAAUAUAGUACUGUGUGCAUAGUGUGAGACCAAAAAUGGUCAAUAAUGGUUAAUGUGUGCACUUUAAUAAGUUAUUGUUGGCAGAGUGGUUAAAAGCAGUCGACUGAGUCUCCAGAAUGUGAAUUUUGUUCAGUGUGUUAUGUUAAAGACACUCAGUGUUGGAGUUUACAUUUUUGUGAGUGUGGAACUACUGUAUUUAGCUUUGGAGUUAGUGCAUUAAUGUUUUUAUGUUUACGUCACAUUGCUGAUUGCCCUUUAACAGAUUAUUGUGAGUGUAACAAGAGAGUUGCUCUUUAAAGCUAUCCUUUUCUAUAAGAAUACACUUAAAGUAAAUUUAUAGUUCUGUUGGUCGUUUCCGUAAAGAUGCAGACUGGCAACAGCUAUUAUGACUGAUGGCAAUGUUUAAAGAGGGAAUCCGAACUCUUUUCUCACCAGACAACUUAUUCAGAUCCAAACAAAUGCAAAUAAACAAAAUGAAACUAGACAUAGACAAUAGUGAGACAAGAACAUGGAAGCUGAUAAUCUCGACACGAGUUUCUGCAUAAAAUGUCUCAUUUGUGUUGUGCAAAUAAUUUAUGUUUAUUGUGAAUGGUAUAUGAAUUAGGAGCAUUGUGUGAAAAUGUCUACAAUGAUAUCACACUGCUGUAAAUAAACUGAAUGCAAGAAAAAA